AUGAAAACAUGUCUGAGUGAUGUGAUAACUCUAUCUAUAACUACAGACAGGCGGGGUAACUCCUCCAUAGCCACAGACAGGCGGGGUAACUCCUCCAUAGACAGGCGGGGUAACUCCUCCAUAGACAGGCGGGGUAACUCCUCCAUAGCCACAGACAGGCGGGGUAACUCCUCCAUAGACAGGCGGGGUAACUCCUCCAUAGACAGGCGGGGUAACUCCUCCAUAGACAGGCGAGGUAACUCCUCCAUAUACAGGCGGGGUAACUCCUCCAUAGACAGACGGGGUAACUCCCCCACAGACAGGCGGGGUAACUCCCCCACAGACAGGCGGGGUAACUCCUCCAUAGCCACAGACAGGCGGGGUAACUCCCCCACAGACAGGCGGGGUAACUCCCCCAUAACUACAGACAGGCGGGGUAACUCCCCCACAGACAGGCGGGGUAACUCCCCCACAGACAGGCGGGGUAACUCCCCCACAGACAGGCGGGGUAACUCCUCCAUAACUACAGACAGGCGGGGUAACUCCCCCACAGACAGGCGGGGUAACUCCCCCACAGACAGGCGGGGUAACUCCCCCACAGACAGGCGGGGUAACUCCUCCAUAACUACAGACAGGCGGGGUAACUCCCCCACAGACAGGCGGGGUAACUCCUCCAUAACUACAGACAGGCGGGGUAACUCCUCCAUAACUACAGACAGGCGCGUUCACUCCAGUCGCUUACCUCCCCCUGCUGACAGUUCACUCCAGUCACCUCCCCCUGCUGACAGUUCACUCCAGUCACCUCCCCCUGCUGACAGUUCACUCCAGUCACCUCCCCCUGCUGACAGUUCACUCCAGUCGCCUCCCCCUGCUGACAGUUCACUCCAGUCGCUUGUCUCCCCUGCUGACAUUCACUCCAGUCGCUUACCUCCCCCUGCUGACAGUUCACUCCAGUCACCUCCCCCUGCUGACAGUUCACUCCAGUCACCUCCCCCUGCUGACAGUUCACUCCAGUCACCUCCCCCUGCUGACAGUUCACUCCAGUCGCCUCCCCCUGCUGACAGUUCACUCCAGUCGCUUGUCUCCCCUGCUGACAGUUCACUCCAGUCACCUCCCCCUGCUGACAGUUCACUCCAGUCACCUCCCCCUGCUGACAGUUCACUCCAGUCGCCUCCCCCUGCUGACAGUUCACUCCAGGACAAAACCAACCAAGGCCCUCGGUGCCACAGGCCAACCAAGGCCCUCGGUGCCACAGGCCAACCAAGGCCCUCGGUGCCACAGGCCAACCAAGGCCCUCGGUGCCACAGGCCAAACAAGGCCCUCGGUGCCACAGGCCAACCAAGGCCCUCUGUGCCACAGGCCAACCAAGGCCCUCGGUGCCACAGACAAAACCAACCAAGGCCCUCUGUGCCACAGGCCAACCAAGGCCCUCGGUGCCACAGGCCAAACAAGGCCCUCGGUGCCACAGGCCAACCAAGGCCCUCUGUGCCACAGGCCAACCAAGGCCCUCUGUGCCACAGGCCAAACAAGGCCCUCUGUGCCACAGGCCAAACAAGGCCCUCUGUGCCACAGGCCAAACAAGGCCCUCGGUGCCACAGACAAAACCAACCAAGGCCCUCGGUGCCACAGGUAAACCAAGGCCCUCGGUGCCACAGGCCAACCAAGGCCCUCGGUGCCACAGGCCAACCAAGGCCCUCGGUGCCACAGACAAAACCAACCAAGGCCCUCGGUGCCACAGACAAAACCAACCAAGGCCCUCGGUGCCACAGGCCAACCAAGGCCCUCGGUGCCACAGACAAAACCAACCAAGGCCCUCGGUGCCACAGGCCAACCAAGGCCCUCGGUGCCACAGACAAAACCAACCAAGGCCCUCGGUGCCACAGGCCAAACAAGGCCCUCGGUGCCACAGACAAAACCAACCAAGGCCCUCGGUGCCACAGGCCAACCAAGGCCCUCGGUGCCACAGACAAAACCAACCAAGGCCCUCGGUGCCACAGGCCAAACAAGGCCCUCGGUGCCACAGACAAAACCAACCAAGGCCCUCGGUGCCACAGACAAAACCAACCAAGGCCCUCGGUGCCACAGGCCAACCAAGGCCCUCUGUGCCACAGGCCAACCAAGGCCCUCGGUGCCACAGGCCAAACAAGGCCCUCUGUGCCACAGGCCAACCAAGGCCCUCGGUGCCACAGGCCAACCAAGGCCCUCGGUGCCACAGGCCAACCAAGGCCCUCGGUGCCACAGGCCAACCAAGGCCUUCGGUGCCACAGGCCAACCAAGGCCUUCGGUGCCACAGACAAAACCAACCAAGGCCCUCUGUGCCACAGGCCAAACAAGGCCCUCUGUGCCACAGGCCAACCAAGGCCCUCGGUGCCACAGACAAAACCAACCAAGGCCCUCGGUGCCACAGACAAAACCAACCAAGGCCCUCGGUGCCACAGACAAAACCAACCAAGGCCCUCGGUGCCACAGACAAAACCAACCAAGGCCCUCGGUGCCACAGACAAAACCAACCAAGGCCCUCGGUGCCACAGGCCAACCAAGGCCCUCGGUGCCACAGACCAACCAAGGCCCUCGGUGCCACAGACCAACCAAGGCCCUCGGUGCCACAGACAAUGCCAGUCAAACGGUCUGGCCAGGAAAUGGUCAGCUACAUAA